GCUUGUAUUUUUCUACUACUAAAAUAUUUUUAGGAAGAGAAAGCACCUGGUCUUUCUGGAAGGUUCGGGCACUCUCUGUCUUUGUUUGUUCCCAAUAAGAACUGAACCUGCAAGUUACGAGCCAUCAGCUUGUAUUUUGCAGACUUUCUCUCACCUUCGAAGUUCCAUAUUUGGUGCAAGUUUCAUCCUUUCUCCAGAAAAUGAGCCGACACCCAACUUUGAAGUGGGCUCAGAGGUCUGACCAAUUGUAUAUAACUGUUGAACUGCCUGAUGCAAAGGAUGUCAAGCUUAAGCUUGAGCCCGAUGGGAGGUUCAUCUUCUCUGCCACCAAAGAGGGGGUACCUUAUGAAGUUGAUAUAGAACUAUUUGAUAAAGUUAAUGUUGAGGAAAGCAAGUACAACAUUGGUGUAAGAAGUAUUGUGUAUGUUGUAAAGAAAGCAGAAAAGAAAUGGUGGGACAGGUUGUUGAAGCAGGAAGGGAAGCCUCCUGUGUUCCUGAAAGUUGACUGGGAUAAAUGGGUUGAUGAAGAGGAUGAGAAUGAGAGAAGCGGAAUGGAUUUCGAUAAUAUGGAUUUCUCGAAGCAAUCGAAUCCAAAGAAGAGGAAGACAAGGAAGCAAAAGAACCAACUGAGCCGGCUGCUGAGGAAGCUAAAGCUUGAUUGUUUAAGAAAGCAAUGAGGCCUAUGAUGGAGUGGAUGGAUGCAUUAGUUUGUAUGUCACUAUGUAUGUAUCCUGCAUGUUUGUUGUGUUGCAAUGUAGUUUGAUGCCGCACUAAGCAUUUUGCUACGGGAAAGUGCCUGUUGUACUCUAUUCCCUCCGUCUCACAAAUCUUAUCUUUUGUAUCCUCUGUUUUGUUUUCUUAAAUAAAAUUUUCAUCAAUUC